GUUCUCAGUCAAUUUUUAAUUGACACUUACAUCAGCUAUUGUUUCAAUUUCAUUGCAAUUGACUCAUUGUAAGUUUGUUCAAAGUUAUUUUAUUUUGCGAUUUGUAAAAAAAAAACCAUAUGCUUUGGUUAUGUUUUGAUUUUUGGUUAUCAAUACGUAAAUAGGUGAAAGUGUGAUAGCGGUAUUGACGGCCGAAAAUAAUCGUCCGAAGUCAGAUCCUCUGUUUAAAUGCUUUCUUGAAACUGCCUUCGUUUCAAUUAAACCCGAUUUGAGUGAGUUUUGAACGUUUUCAUAGAAGGGAAUUGUAGGAAGGAAAAUGAUCGACAACCAAAAGUUAGGCUAUACUUGCAUUUUUAUUUAUCUGACUAUCUGCACUUACAAAGACCUGACAGUGCAGACAUCCGCUGAGAAGGAGAUUCCGAUGACCAAAGUUGGCCUCAACGCCAAUAUUGGCCCGACCAUCAAAUUCUUAUAUUGCUAUUCUUGCGGCUACAAGAAAGCCUUCGAGGAUUAUUCGAACAUAAUCAGGCAGAAAUACCCGGACAUCAGCAUAACCGGAGCGAAUUAUGAUCCGCCGGGAUUACAUAUGAUAAUCGCCAGAAGUUUGGGCUUUUUGAAAAUGGUCAUUAUAGUCUCAGUUCUGAGUGGAAUUAAUUUAUUCGCCAAAUUUGGACUGCAGACGCCAUACUGGUGGACAUGGUGUACUGCGAACAAGCUUUGGUCGUGCAUGAUGAUAUUUUUCAUGACGAAUGCUCUUGAAGGUCAUUUCAUUUCAACCGGAGCCUUUGAAAUCACUUUAAACGAUAUGCCUGUUUGGUCAAAACUCGAGACGGGAAGAAUACCUCAGCCGCCUGAGUUGUUUCAGAUCAUCGACAAUCAUAUGAAUUUUGGUUCUCUAGAUAUUAAAACUGGUUUUCCAAAAUAAGUGAAAAAAAAGUUACAAUUUAUUGUGAAUGUUUUAAGUCAAUGCAAAUGAUUAUUUAAAAAAGAAAAAAAAAUGGCGUUUCUGUUGUUAUAAAUAAGAACCCUUGAUGAAUUAAGUAUUGAUAUUCCUGUAGUUUAAUUACCAAGAACUCAAGUUUUAUAUUUGUAUUGUUUUAGUUUUAUUACAAUAAUAUUUGAGCGUACCAUUAAAUGAUAAAAUAGAGUCAGUCAAAUGUAGAUUUUUAACAUUUUAAUGGUGCCCGUACAACUGGUCUAAGUGUGCUGUGACAUUAAAAAUCUUAAACUUUUAAGAGCCUCAUUUGAACAUCACCUAACAGGUAAACAUUCCAAAUAAAAUAGGCAUAAAAUUUAUUGUUUACUACUAUUUGAAGCGAAUAAUUUAUUUUCUAAUGUUAAGGACUAGGUUCAGUGACAAUAACUUUUAUGCCAGAACGAUAAAACAAAAAAUUUUUACAAAUAUUGUUAUUAAAUCAAACAUUCAUUAAAAGAGGUUAAAUUAAGAAAAUCACAGCAAAUCAUAAGGAGAGUGAUGAACGUGUUUAUAAUUAUUAUGAAAAGGCCUAGUGAAUGUUUUAAUUUUAAAUUUGCUAUGUUGUUCUCAAUAAAAUGGAUUUUUU